UGCGCCUCGGUGUCCACUUUCGUGGAACAGGGGUUCACCAUGAUUUUCGCAAACGUCAGGUUCUUCGUCGUCGUCGUAUUGACGGUGAGUGUCAACGUACUCUGCAGUCCGUUGUUCAAAAUCAUCGACAAACCGAACACGUAUCUGACCAGUAACAGCUCGAGCAAUGGGAAAAUCAGCAGCGCGGGACAUUUCUCUGUGACCGAAGAGGAUCUGGACGGUAAAAGAAUAGUCGGAGGGAAAUAUGCGAUGAGUAAUCAAUUCCCUUUUAUGGCUGUUGUCCACCGAUUGAUGGGCGGUGGAAUGGUUUCGCAAUGCGGCGGGUCAAUUAUCUCUCACCGAUGGGUAUUAACGGCAGGACACUGUGUGGCUUAUAAACCCCGUCAAUUUCUAGUGGUAUUCGGUGUUACCGAUAAAUACGGCAUAGAGUACGAUUUCUACCAGGGUCCUGGUAUAGCCAUGAGGACAGACAAGAGCGUUCUUCAUCCUGGCUUUAAACCAUCCAUAAAUGACGUUGGUUUGUUAUACAUGCCAUACGACAUUCCAUUCGGAGCGACAAUUCAACCUAUUCAAUUAGCCGGAUAUAAUAAUAUCAGAGCGGAUUUCACUGAUAGAAUAGGCACCGUUAUCGGAUGGGGAAAAGAUGGAAAUCAGGGCGUGGGGACGAGACUUUUAAAGUACGCGUCUUUACCAAUCAUUUCGAGCUCCAUCUGCAACAUGGCCUGGGCUAUAACACCGAACAAGCAUGUGUGCACGGCCGCUGGUUACGGACAGGACGCUUGCCAGGGUGACAGCGGUGGUCCCUUGAUCGUGUUGGAGAGAUAUGUUCCUCUUCAGAUCGGGAUCGUGAGCUACGGUGAUGCGAACUGUCCCAGCACCGAACCCGGCGUGUUCUCGAGAGUAACUGGCUACAUCGAUUGGAUUCAAAAAGUCACGGGACUGUACUAUUAAAACAAUUCUCUAGAUAUUGUUACUUUUU